AUGCCACUUUCUCUAUCACAACGCUAUGAAAUUGUGUUUCUCAAGCUACAUCCAUUGGGUCCUAAAAUGUCAAACAAAGCGAUUUCAAAGUACAUUGGAUGUGAACCAAAAGCCGUACGGUAUUGGCUUGGCAGAUGGCAAGAAAAGGAAGAUCUAUCCAAUUUACCAAAAACUGGUCGAAGGGGUGAGAGGGUGAAGAAAACAGAUUUAAAGAUUGUUAAUAUUGCUAAACGUGAGCAGAAUAUUACAUCAAGUGAUAUUUCAAAUGUUUUAAAAAAAGACGGCGUGAAUAUAGAUCCAAGUACUGUUAGACGUCGAUUACGUGAAAGUGGUGGAACUUAUGGUCCACCUUUAAAAAAACCCUUACUCACAGACAAACAUCGUGAGCAACGACUCAUUUGGGCUCGACAACAUCAACACUUCAAUUGGGACAACGUGAUCUUUACCGAUGAGAAGACAUUCAAGCUUAAAAAAAACGGAAGAAAAGUUUGGCGAUUUACAGGUUGUUACUAA